AUUAUUCUGAUUCUGAAAAUGAAACAGAAUUAACUACUUUAUUGGAUAAAGAAUUAUCUGAUUUUGAAGAUUAUAAUAUUCCUUCAAAUAGGUUAAGUGAAUUUGAGUUUGUAGAUAGUUCUGAUAAUUAUAUUGAGGAUAAGAUCUAUGAUGAAUUGAAAUUAGAAGUUAAAAAAUUUUUUGAAAAAGAAAAAUGCUCCUGCCGUUCUAAACAACCUUGUUUUAACCAAAUUGGCUAUGAUCAAUUUCUUGCACGUCAAGUUGAAUUUGAAAGUUUAGAUAAAAAAAUAUGA